UCUCUCUCUGCCACUCCCUUCAUUUCGGAGGUAGCCUAACGCAGAGCUAAGUCCCGCCCCAGAGAAAGCCAGUCGGAGUUGGAUCAGAGAUAAGACUUGUCUUCGACCAGCCGUUUCUAGACGCAUCCGUACAGGAGCCGGCAGUACAGCAGCUAACCCGCUCUUCCAUUUAAACAAGGACACUUUUUUUGAUUAUUUAUUUAUUUAUUCAACCUGUCGUUCAGGUGGACUCUGGAUAGUCUGGCCGGUCGAGGCUGCCUCCCCUCACCUCACCCUUUCUACCGUGUAAAAAAGGAACUAAGCCAUGCACCCUCCCCCGUCGCUCCUCUCCCUCCUCCUCUUCCUCCACCUCCACCUCUCCCUGUACCCCAGUGCAUGCUGGUCCUCCAGGAUCAUCGUUGUCCCUCCCAUCAUGUUUGAGUCUCACCUCUACAUCUUCAAGACGCUGGCUACAGAACUACACCUCCAGGGACAUGAUACUUCCUUACUGCUGUCAGAAGGGCGACAGGUGCCCCCCUCCCCCCACUACACCUUCCAGCGUUACCCAGGCAUCUUCAACACCUCCACAGCCGACAGCUUCCUCCAAUCAAAAGUCAGCAAUAUCUUCUCCGGUCGUCUCACAGCGUUGGAACUCUUCGACAUUCUAGAUCACUACGCCCAGAACUGCGACGCCGUGGUGGGAAACAAAGAGGUCAUGACCCAACUCAAGGACGCCGACUUUGACCUUUUACUGGUCGACCCCAACGAGAUGUGUGGGUUCGUGAUCGCUCACAUCCUCGGCGUUCCCUACGCCGUCUUUUCCACGGGCCUGUGGUACCCGGCGGAGGUCGGCGCUCCCGCCCCCUCUCGUACGUCCCAGAGUUCAACUCUCUCCUCACCGAUCGGAUGUCUCUAGUCCAGAGGAUCGUCAACACGGCGGUGUACCUGGUGUCCCGGUUCGGCGUUCAGUACCUGGUGUUACCGAAGUACGAGCGCAUCAUGAGGAAGCACGGCGUGGAGCCGCGGGUGGCCAUGCAGGACCUGGUUCAGGGGAGCAGGUUGUGGAUGUUGUCUACUGAUCUGGCCCUGGAGUUUCCCAGGCCCACUUUACCACAUGUUGUCUAUGUAGGAGGGAUACUGACCAAACCUGCCAGCCCAUUACCUCAGGACUAUGAAUCGUGGGUAAAUGACACGGCGGAGCACGGGUUCGUGGUGGUAUCGUUUGGCGCCGGGGUCAAAUACCUCUCAGAGGACAUCACUCACAAACUGGCUGGAGCCCUGGGCAGGCUGCCCCAACGCGUGGUCUGGAGAUACUGCAAUGGCCCCAACACCUUCCCUUCUAUCUCCAGAUACUGCAAUGGCCCCAACACCUUCCCUUCUAUCUCCAGAUACUGCAAUGGCCCCAACACCUUCCCUUCUAUCUCCAGAUACUGCAAUGGCCCCAACACCUUCCCUUCUAUCUCCAGAUACUGCAAUGGCCCCAACACCUUCCCUUCUAUCUCCAGAUACUGCAAUGGCCCCAACACCUUCCCUUCUAUCUCCAGAUACUGCAAUGGCCCCAACACCUUCCCUUCUAUCUCCAGAUACUGCAAUGGCCCCAACACCUUCCCUUCUAUCUCCAGAUACUGCAAUGGCCCCAACACCUUCCCUUCUAUCUCCAGAUACUGCAAUGGCCCCAACACCUCCCGUUCUAUCUCCAGAUACUGCAAUGGCCCCAACACCUUCCCUUCUAUCUCCAGAUACUGCAAUGGCCCCAACACCUUCCCUUCUAUCUCCAGAUACUGCAAUGGCCCCAACACCUUCCCUUCUAUCUCCAGAUACUGCAAUGGCCCCAACACCUCCCGUUCUAUCUCCAGUGUUAACAGGUUCUCGGGGUUCCGCCCAGUAACCUAGGCAACAAUACCAAGUUGGUGGAUUGGAUGCCUCAAAACGACCUGUUGGGUAAGAGCAAAUUCUCUACAUCAUGUACUCUGUCCUUUCCUGUCUUCCUUCCCUCCCUCCUCCCUCUCUGUCUGU